AUGGUCGGUCUUACUUCUCUUUUAAUUUCUAGCUGCGUUUCUGGAGCGCUUGCCUCUCGCAUCAGCCCUGGCUCGAAUGGCCAUACUUCAACAGCAUCUACUGUCGAGCCCUGCAUCUGCAAAGAAUAUAGCCAGAUUGCAGCUGCUGUUGCGAACUGCACCGACAUCGUUUUGUCCAACAUUGCUGCCCCGAAUGGAUCUUCUAUUGAUUUAUCUAGCCUCAAGGCGGGAACAACUGUGACAUUCGAGGGACUCACUACAUUCGGAUGGGUCAAUUCGUCGAGCUUUAACCCCAUCACGAUUGGCGGAGAAGGAAUCACCAUCACUGCGAAGGAAGGAGCUGUGAUUGACGGCAACGGCCAGGCCUACUGGGAUGGCCUGGGCUCUAAUGGAGGAUUACCCAAGCCGGAUCAUUUCAUUGUUGUCGACAAAGUCACUGGCAACUCGGUGAUCGAGAAGCUCUACAUCCAGAACUGGCCUGUUCAUCUGUUCGAUAUCACAGGAUCCGAGAAUGUGAUCUUCCAAGAUAUGACUCUGAAUAACGCGGCGGGUGAUGCUCCCAAUUCGCGUAGCGAUGGCCUAGCAGCGGCGCAUAAUAGUGAUGGCUUCGACGUCAGCUCAUCUUACAACAUCACCAUUCGUCGCAACUUCGUUCACAACCAGGAUGACUGUGUCGCCAUUACCAGUGGAAAUAAUAUGACCGUGUCGGAUAUGAUUUGCGAAGGUUCCCAUGGUCUCAGCAUUGGAUCCGUCGGUGGAAAGUCUGACAACAAUGUGACUAAUAUCCACUACUCCAAUUCUCUCCUCAUUAACACCCAAGCUGGUCCCCGUAUCAAGACCAACUACAAUUACACCGGUUUCAUCUCCAACAUUACCUACGAAAACAUUGUUCUCCAGAAUAUCACCCAAUACGGUAUCGACAUUCAGCAAGACUAUCUCAAUGGAGGACCGACUGGCAUUCCCAGUAAUGGUGUCAUAAUUGAAAAUGUCCUCAUAAAGAACGUCAAGGGAUAUGUUGCGUCAGAGGCCCAACCUUACUAUAUUCUGUGUGGUGAUGGUUCAUGCUCGAACAUUGUGUUCGAGGAUGUCAAGGUUACAGGUGGCGAAGCUAGCAGUUGCAACUAUAAAGUAUCUGGAUGCGCUAUCUCGUCAUAG